AUGCGUCAAACAAUGGCGCCUAAUAUUACCUGAGUAGUUUAGGAAAACGGUAUGGCCGGACAGUCUACUUUGUAUCACAGAGCAUUUUGUAAUACUAUAGUUAUUGCUGUCGACAAGACGUUUCUUUCAGUCUGUCUAGUUCCUCAAAAUCAUACAUCCUGAUCUGGCAGGGGCUCGAUUGGAGUUUUUUGGGAGGAAUGGUGGGGAUCGGCGAUUGGUCACCGCAAGCAUACACGGAACUAUUUACUUUUAGUCGCGGAAUUGAAAAUGACAGGUGUAUCAAUCAGGGAAUAUACAAUUAAAAUAUUAGAAAUCCUGUGCUGAUUGAGUCUAUUUUGUGAAUUAAACUACUACAUUCAAACCAAGAUUUACUUUUAGGCAAUAAUCUCGCAGUCUGCAACAAUAUGUCCCAGGCAUAAUCACGGUUUAAUCAGUCUAUGGAAGUGUGUUUGUGUGCUCAUGCUCAAUCAUACAAUUUGCAUUCAAGAGAACAGGAUUUUAGCAGCCUAAAAUUAUGCGAUUCCUAAAAUACCUCUCCAACAAACCACAGGCGCGUUCGAGAUGACGUCACAUUCAUGCGACUGUUUACACGCAGAGGCUAUCAACAUGGCCCUAUUUCCAGCUUUUGCAGGAUUAUCAAAUACAAAAGCUGAGAUUGCACCUAAAGAACUAGAAUGGCUGAGCAAUCAAAGUUUCCGCACUGAUGACGCUCUCUCUCUUCACCAACGAGCCACUGAGAAAGCCAACGAAACACAAUCGGCAGAAACAAGACACGUUAUACCAGAGAGGGAGGAUAAGAAUGAUGUCCAAUCCAACAAGAAGAAAAAGAAGGAGAAGAAGAAGAAGAAGAAGAAAAAGAAGAAGCACAAGAAGAAGAGUGGAGAACCCUCUCCAGCAAGCAGUGGCUCAGAUUCGGAUACUAUCUACCCCAGUGACCUCCUAAAAAAGGCUGAGAGCACUCCUCCCAGUGAGAAGUUUCAGGUGGAGGGGUCUUUUGUGUGGUUGGAUGACCUACAGACCCCCACCGAUCAGCCCUUCUGCGUGGACAGGAGAGCAGACCGUGCCAACUGGGAGUACAAAUCACUUUACAGAGGAGAUAUCGCUAGGUACAAAAGGAAAGGCUCUUCCUCUCUGGGUUUGAACCUGCGGUCUCAGGCCGUGAGCUGGGCUGAGUCUGGCCCAGAGAAGAAGAGAGUGGACAGGAGACAGAGACCCAACCGCUACUUCUCCCCCACCGUCCGCCAGCUGCUGAUGUCUGAUGGCAAACCCACGCUGCCCAGACCUCCACCAGAGGACACCACAACCACCACCUUACCCUUCAUCCCUGUGCCCUCCUGUCUGGAAGGUGAGGCAGAGGGGGGUGGCUCUGCCAAAGGCCAGGGCUCCUGGGUCAACCCCCUGGGGGUGUAUGACUCCUCCACGUCCCUGUGGCUCCAGGGGAAGGGGAAGGCGGAGCAUGGCAAGGCAGAGGAACAACCUUCUACUCCCAGGGACAAUGCUGCCGUCAUGCUGGCUGAACGGGUGGAGGACUUCAAUAGGAGGCUGAGGGAAACCCCCACAGACACACACACCUGGCUUCAGUUUGUCCUCUUCCAGGACGAGGUAGCUGGGGCGCCUGGGGUGUUUGCUGACAUCUCUGAGAACGAGAGCGAGCGGCGGAAGAGGUCAGUGCGGGCCACGCUGGAGAAGAAGGUAGCCAUUUUGGAUCGAGCAGUGGAGAAUAACCCGAGCUGCGUGGAACUGAAGCUGGAGCGACUGCGGCUCUGUAGGGAGCUGUGGGAGCCGGCAGCCCUGCUGAAGGAGUGGAAAAAGCUGGUGUUCCUGCACCCCAACAGCGCCCCCCUGUGGAGGAAGUACCUGCUGUUCAUGCAGAGCCACUUCAGUACCUUCUCCGUGUCAAAGGUCAACACGGUAUACGGGAAGUGUCUGAGCACGCUGGCGGCGGUGCAGGAUGGGAGCAUGGUUUCUCACCAGAUGCUGCCGGGCACUGAUGAACACAUGCUGGCCAUCUUCCUCCAGCAGUGUCAUUUCCUCAGGCAGGCUGGUCACUCAGAGAAAGCUGUGUGUCUGUUCCAGGGCCUACUGGACUUCACCUUCUUCAAGCCAGACACUGUCAAGGACCUACCCACCAGACAACAGGUGGAGUUCUUUGAGCCAUUCUGGGACAGUGGGGAGCCCCGUGUCGGGGAGAGAGGGGCCAGUGGAUGGAGAGCCUGGAUGACCCAGCAGGAGAGAGGGGGCUGGCUCCAACCCAGUGAACAAGAUGAUGGAGAUGAAGAAGAUCAGGAGGAAUUGGAGGUGAAGGAUAAAACCUGGCCCAAGUGGAGGAUCUGGUUGGAUGUGGAGACGUCACGCGAGGCCAUCCAUUGGCUGCCAUGGAGGCCGGACAAAACCAAGGGCCAAUCGGUGGAGGACUGUGAGGACCCGGACCGACAGGUGCUGUUUGAUGACAUUGGGCCGUCUAUGAUCCGGCUGGUCCACCCAGACCUCCAGCUAUGUCUUCUUCUGUCCUUCCUGCACUUCCUGGGUCUGCCUGCUGACACUUCCUGUUACAGCACCCCCUCCUGUAGCCUGCUGCUGGAUGACCAGGCUCUACUGGGGGAUGUUCACCACCCUGACUCACCACUGACCUCUUAUGCCCUCCCUGUUCCUGGGGUCAGCCCCGUGGGUCACAUGACCUCCCUGCAGGGUGCCAGGAGGGGGGUGGGGCUGUGUAAGCCAGGGGAGGAGUUUGUAGACAACAUGUUCCAGAUGGUUCUGCCUCUGUUCUCUGCUCAGGAGAGAGCUGUCCUCUCACUACACUGGAUCCAGUAUGAGAAGCUCAAGGUGCUGAGGUGCGUGCGCGGCAGGAACAAGAAGCGUGUGAAAUCCCAGGGGAAGAGGAGCAAGCGCCUGGCCAAGCGCCUGCUGAAGGAGCCAGAGAACCGGGGCCGCCUCAGCCUGUGGAGGGAGUACGCCCACCUGGAGUGGCUGCUAGGGAAUUUGGACGAGGCCCACAAGGUGUUCGACACAGCCCUGGGACUGGGCGUGGCAGGAGGGCUGGCAGACCCUGCCCUGUGUGACCUCUGCCUGCUCUACGCCCAGCUGGAGGUGGAGGAGGCCUGGCGAAGGGAUACGGGCGGGGCAGGGACGACUGUUACGACCGCCAUGUCUUCACCAGCGGUCUAUAUCCUCACCAAGCUAGCAGAGGGUAGUUCGUAUGCCCCCUUCUUGGGACAGUUGGCUCCAGUGGCUGUGCUGAAGGCCAGGAAGGCCUAUGAGCAGGCUGUGGUGAGCUCCCUGCCUGGGCAGGAGGAGGGGGCCGCGGGGCAGGGGCAAUCCAAGUCCAGGCAGGUCAAAGGUCUGGUGGGGUGUUACGCCCUAUUCCAGUACCUGACUGUGGGGGUUGAUGCUGCUGAUGCUGUCUACAACCUGGCCAGGAAGAGGCUGGAGCAACACUCCAGUAUGUCAGCCCAGGAGUCAGCUAGCAGUGAAGUUAUGUGUGACAUACAGACACUGAGCUCUGUCUCAGAGUGUGAGGCCCUGGCUGUCCAGCAGGUGGCGCUGCUGCGCUACCACACCAGCACCAACGUGUACCCACUUAGCCAUAUCAGACUGGCGCUGACCUCGGCCCUGGCCCACUUUGCCUCCAGCACUUCUCUGUGGCAGUUGUAUGUGCAGGUGGAGAACCGCUACCAUAGCGCUGGCAGGGCUCGCCGCUUCUUCCACAGCGUGACCAAGGCUAGUGCCAGUGUCGUGCCACGCCUGUUCGCCAUCAGCGCAGAGCAGCAAAGGAAGCAACUAGUGGACUCUGUUCAGAGGUCUGAUUGCUAUGGUGACACCGUCUCCAGCCUGCCAGAGAACGGCCUGAGCAACCGUAUCCGCUCGCUGUUUGAGAAUGCCAUAGCAACAGAGCACGGGGUCCACUGUCCGUUGCUGUGGAGGAUGUACAUGAACUUCCUGGUGUCAGAGGGGAAGGUGGAAAAGGGAAGAGGUAUCUUCUACAAGGCUCUACAGGACGUCCCAUGGGCAAAGGGUUUAUACAUGGACGCUGUGCAACUCUUCCCUGAGCACGUGCAGGAGUUCCUGGACCUGAUGACCGAGAAGGAGCUCAGACUGAGGGUUCCCAUGGAGGAGGUGGACAUACUGCUGGAAGACUGAGGCUCUAAAACCCUUCCCACAGUGCACUGUGGCCUGGCUUCCUCAGACACUCCACUGUGGAUACCCGAAGUUGUGCACUGACCAAUAGAACAACCAAGUGUCCUCAUGAAGAAGACCAUUUUACUUUUCAAACAGACGUGUGAAUAAAUGAUGUUACACUUAUUAGUGUUAAUUCAAUAUUUUGAUGGAUUGCAAAUCCAUAUUUUUAUAUUUCCAGCUUUUUAUGGAUUCUUAAUCCAUAUUUUGAUUAACAUAAUAUCCUAUUUUUCUGUCAAAGAUUUGUUUAGAUUAGUUUUUUUGUGUGUUUUUUAUGGACUGAAAUAAAUGUUUUGUUUCCUAA